AUGAAUUAAGGAUUUUUCACUUUAUGGAUUCCAACAAAGCCUCAACCAACUAUUGGAAAUCGUUCUGUACCAAUCUAUGUAGAUACUAGCUUUACUAGUUAAAUUAAAAUUGACAUUAAAUAAAAUAUGCUUAUUAGUGAUAUAUUGAAAUAUAUUCAUGGAGAUGAUGAUAAAUAAAACUUGCAUCUUGUUUUAAUACAUUGUUCUGUAUAAAGAAGACUAUGGGAUUAUGAAAAAGUUGAAGAUGUUUUACAUAAUAAUAAUAGCAAAUUUGUUAUUUGUGAUUUUUAGAAAAAAUAACAAAUAUAAGGAUAAAAGUAACCCAGAUAUUUUGGUAUUAAUGUUAGUUUAAUGAAGAUGAUAAUUUUAAAGCUUAUGGAAAACUUUUGAAAAAGAAUAAAUUAGGAAUUUAUGUUGUAACAUAAGUUUAUUUGUCUUAAACAUAUUUUGGAUUUAAGAAUGAUAAAAAAGGUACAAAUACUAAGACUAUUUAGAGAAAAUAAAAUUAAGCAGUUUAGAUAAUGUUGAACUCUUUAUAUGGUAGAAUAGUACUAAAUUUGAUUUCUAAAUUAAAAAUGAAAGAAAAUUAUAUUUUUUCUAAGCAUUAAAAGAAACUGACUUUCAAUAUUGGGUACGAAGCAUUAAAGAUUCUUUGAGUGCAGCCAAUUAUAGAUCUAAACUAAAUGAUUUGGAUAUCAAAAUUUAAAUAGCAACAAGGAAUUAAAUUAAUAGAAUUGAAGAAUUUGCUUAGGAUUCCCUUUAGUAAAUUACAAUAAGUGGAGAUUAUCUAAAAUAGCUAAAAUCAUAAAUUACUGAUAUUUGUGAUGUCAAUAUAAUAGAAUUUCUUUAAAAAAAAAAUAAACAUUUAAUUGAUGAAAUUAGAAAACAAAUAGAAAAGGAUACUUAUCGUUUAAUUAUACCUUUAGAACCUUAACCUUAAGUAGAACCUUUAAGAAUUUUUACAUCAAGAUACCAUUCAUUAUUUUAAGAAAAUUCUGAUAUGGAUUAGCUAAUUGAAGAACUAAAUGAAGAGAUUAAUUAAGCUUAUUAAGGUUUCUUAAAAAUCUAAAAGAUAAGAACUAAAAUAAUUCAUUAAGCUAGAAUUUAAUUUAAAGAAUAGUUUCCACAAUUCAAUCCCACUUUUGAUUAAUUUUACAAUUGA